CAGCAGGCGGGCGGGAUGGCGGCGCGGGUGCUGCUGCUGCUGCUGCUGGCGCUGUGCUGCGCGGCGCUCGCUGCCCGCGGGGCCGCGGCGGAGCCGGCGGGGGGGGCCGCCAGCCGGCGGCGGCGGCUGAGCGCCGAGGAGGGCAUCUCCUUCGAGUACCACCGCUACGCCGAGCUGCGGGAGGCGCUGGUGGCCGUGUGGCUGCAGUGCCCCGCCAUCAGCAGGAUCUACACGGUGGGGCGCAGCGCCGAGGGCCGGGAGCUCCUGGUCAUCGAGAUCUCGGACCGCCCCGGCGAGCACGAGCCCGGAGAGCCAGAAUUUAAAUAUGUUGGGAAUAUGCAUGGGAAUGAAGCUGUUGGAAGGGAGUUGCUCAUCUUCUUGGCACAGUACCUGUGUAAUGAAUACCAGAAAGGAAACGAUACUAUUAUCAACUUGAUCCAUAGCACACGUAUCCAUAUCAUGCCAUCUUUGAACCCAGAUGGCUUUGAGAAGGCAGCAUCCCAGCCUGGUGAGCUGAAAGACUGGUUUGUUGGUCGAAGCAACGCCCAGGGGAUAGAUCUGAACCGAAAUUUCCCCGAUCUUGAUAGAAUAGUUUACAUUAAUGAGAAAGAAGGUGGCCCUAACAACCAUCUUCUGAAGAACAUGAAAAAAGCUGUGGACCAGAAUCCCAAGCUUGCUCCUGAAACAAAGGGUGUCAUUCACUGGAUUAUGGAUAUUCCCUUUGUGCUCUCUGCCAAUCUUCAUGGAGGAGACCUUGUUGCAAACUAUCCUUAUGACGAGACUCGGAGUGGCAGUGCUCAUGAGUACAGCUCCUGCCCUGAUGAUGCUAUUUUUCAAAGCCUGGCUCGCAGUUAUUCUUCCUUUAACCCUGCCAUGUCUGACCCGAACCGACCACCGUGCCGUAAAAAUGAUGAUGACAGCAGCUUUGUGGAUGGGACAACUAAUGGUGGUGCAUGGUACAGCGUCCCAGGAGGAAUGCAGGAUUUCAAUUACCUCAGCAGCAACUGCUUUGAAAUCACAGUGGAGCUGAGCUGUGAAAAAUUCCCACCUGAAGAAACUCUGAAGGGCUACUGGGAGGACAACAAGAACUCUCUUAUAAAUUACAUUGAGCAGAUUCAUCGAGGAGUGAAGGGGUUUGUUAAAGAUCUUCAGGGCAAUCCAAUUGCAAAUGCUACAAUUUCUGUGGAGGGGAUAAGCCAUGAUGUUACAUCAGCCAAGGAUGGUGAUUACUGGAGAUUGCUUGUGCCUGGAAAUUACAAAGUUACAGCCUCAGCACCAGGCUAUCUAGCAAUAACUAAAAAAGUGGCUGUGCCCUUCAGCCCUGCUGUUGUGGUUGAUUUUGAGCUGGAGUCAUUGUCUGAAAGAAAAGAAGAGGAAAAAGAAGAGUUGAUGGAGUGGUGGAAGAUGAUGUCAGAAACACUAAAUUUUUAAAUGAUGAUUUUGGCUUUACAGCUUUUAAUCUAUUAUAUGUUGACUUAGUAUCAUGUACUGUGGAAAAUCCCUAUAUUCUAGAUUUUGUGCACUUCACAAUAAUUAACUUUGAAUUUUUCAGUCAUCUUUUGAUUAAUAUGAUUACAAAUAACUACUAGCCUCCUAGAUAGAUAAAUAAGUUAUUAAUUUUCUUUCAUAUUGUUAUAGAAAAUUUACUCUUCUAUAAAAAUCAGAAAAAAUGAAUGAAUAUGCAGCCUAUAUGACAGUAAAAUCUGUUGUGUAUUAUUUGCAAGUUCAGAAUAUGUAGGUUAACACUUGAUUUUAAAAAAUAAAUAUGCUGUAGUUGAUUACCGAUACUGCCAGAAAUAUUUGACAGUGCAUAGUAGUAGACAGUGCUCUUUACUGAGUUCUAUAAUGGAUGCUAUUGAAAAGAUUUAUAAUAACAGUGUGUGGUGAAAUAAUGUUUUGCAAGGAUUAAAAUUCAGUAUAACACUUUGUAUGUCUCUGGUGUUGGAGCUAUUUAAACAUGUAAGAAACACAAGCUGACUUCAUUUUAGUAAGAAGAAAGAAUGUGUGUAAACUCUUUAAUAAAAGAUGGCAUGGAAUGAA